GCAAUGACAAGAUCCACGUCUUGCAUGAAUAGCACUUUCGAGCGAGUGCCAAACGUUGUACUUGCUGUGUACAGCUACGCAAGGAGUCCCGCUCAAGAUGUCGUCCGACUUUCAAAAGGAUUCGCUGUCGCUGGAAGAGACUAACAAGCUUCGUAUUUCCAUUGGGCUUAAGCCACUUACAGACGAUGGGCCAUCCACGAGUAGUGCAAAAAAGAAUGACCAGGCACCCGGCGAAACGCCGCCAGUCGACAAAGAUGCGCUGGCCGAAGAUAACUACAAGCGCAAGCGGGAGGAGGAUCGGCGUGAGCGGGAGGAGAAGGAAGCUCGUGAACGCAUUGCCAAGAUACAGAACAAGCGUAACUUGGCCCGCAAACUUCAUGGCCCUACGCUUGGCGAGGAAGAUACUGCAGACUCAGCACCAUCGAGAGAGGCAGGGAAGGGCAAGUCGACGCUGAAGUGGCUGCAGCAGCAAAGGAAGAGGGCGAAAGAGAAUGCGGAGCGAAUAGCCAGGGAGCAGGAGGAAGCAGAGGCUCUGGCCCUCAAGCAGCUCAGAGAGUCACAGGACGCCUACUCGGAGCGGGAUUUGAAGGGCCUCAAGGUUGCCCAUGAUAUGGAUGAUCUCGAUAUGGAAGAAGGCGAGGAGCGUGUCCUGACUCUGAAGGACAGCAGAAUCCUUGACGACGAAGACGAUGAGCUCAUGGAGGCAUCUCUGGCGCAGCAGGAGAAAGACCAACUGAAUGAAGAGCGAAAGCGCGGCGCGAAAGAAUACACCGGCUUGGAUGACGAGGAAUUUGACGAUGGGACUUCGGCACCUUCUGGCCGGAUGCCUGGCCAAAGGAGGGGUAUCCUGUCAAAGUACGACGGGGACCUCGACAAGGAAGGGUUCGCUAAGCGGGAGGAUGGAAAGACUGGUUUCGUGCUCGGGGCGCAAGUGGAAAGCAAGGAUGAGAUCAAGAGAAGAAAGCAGGAGGAGAGUGCGCGUAUGCUGAACCGUUCCAUGCUCGAUUUAUCCUACACGAAGAACCAAGAAGUGUCAGAUUACCUGCAGGAAGGAGAUGUUGGCUUCAAAAAGCCCAAGACGAAGAAGAAAAAGAGGGCAACCAAGGUACAGCUCGAUAUCGAGAACGAAGACGAAGCGGCCGGGCCUUCCACGUUUACGUCUAGUGUGGCGGUCAAGAAGGAGGAGGAAGAGGAGAAAGGAGAAGACGCGGCAAUGCCUGCUGUUGCGCCACCGAGGGACCGUCGUCCAGGCAGCGUGCAGAUAGAAAACUUUGUCGACGAUGACGAGCUAGCGGCCGCACUCGCUCGAUCACGCCGACAAAAGGCGAAGAAGGUGUUCAACAAGAUGACACCCGAAGAAAUCGCAAAGAACCUCGCCGCGCAGAAAAAAGCGGAGGAAGAGGCCAAGGCGCGGGCGCAGGCUGCGAACGGCUCGUUAUCAAAAGGGCAAGCCGACACGAAUGGGACUGGCGAGAGCAAUGGUGGCCUCACCUUUGACAGCACCAGCGAAUUUGUCCGCAACAUUAGCCUGCGUGGUGCAGCGUCCGCCCGAGAUGCGAGCGAGGAGCGGAGACGCCGUGCGCGCAGCACCAUAGCGGCCAAUGCGGAGGGGUUGCUGGAGGAGGAGGCUGUGGCGAUCAAGGACGAGCGGAUGGAGGCUGUCGCGGCGCCUGUGAAUGGCCGAGCGAGAGUCAAGAUUGAGGUUGCUGAGGAUGAGGACGCAGAGAUGGGCGAGAUUGAGGAAGAGAUCGCCGCACAGGCGCAGGCACCCGGUGCGGGAGCGAACGUGGAGCCGACGACGGCGGCGGAGCCACUGGUUUCGGGCGGGAUGGCGGCGACGCUUGCGCUGCUGCGCAACACGGGCACGUUAGAGCCCGUGCCGGAGGAGGUGAAAGCGCGGGAGAAGGAGCAGAAGCGCUACGAUCGGUGGCUCACGCAGCGGCGCACAGACGAGCGGGCGCGCGAAGAACAGCGUGCGGCGAGCAAGGCCGUCGGCAGCGCCAAGGACCAAGCGACGCGCGAGUACGAGAACCGCGCGCGUGAGGUCGACGAGGCGCUCAUGGCCGCCGAGCGGUUCAAGGACUACAAGCCGGAUGUCGACAUCAAAUACCACGAUUCGCACGGCCGCGAGCUCGGUGCAAAAGAGGCAUGGAAGGACCUAUCACACCGGUUCCACGGGCGAGACCCAGGGUACCGGGCACAGGAGAAGAAGCAGCGGAGGAUUGAGCUGGAACGGCAGCGAGAGCGCAUGGCGGCGGGGGACACGCCAAGCGGGAUGACGCACGCGUUUGCGGACCGCGCCGAGAAGAGCGGGCAGGCGCACAUGGUGCUCAGCGUCGGCAACCGCGGCAAUGCGCCGCAGGACGUCGCGCUGCUCGGGCCCAACACACAAAGCGGCGCGAGUGCUGGGGGCAAGGGCAAAGGCAGGAACAAGGAAAAGGACAAGGAUAUGGAACAGGGGAAAGGGAAAGCGCAGCUGGUUCCGCUACUAGGAGCAGAGUCGUCCAAGGCGAUGGUGCGCACCGGCUCGCCCAGCGGCAUGGAAAGUCCUGCAAGUGCGGGCCACAGCAACAGCGGUGCUCAGGGUGCGGGUGGGCCUGGGUUCGCGCCGCGCACGAUGCGCGCAGCGUUCGCGCCGAUUCGCACAGCCGCAGCCACGUCCGCGUCCUCCUCUUGGGAAGAAGCAGGCGGACGGGGAGGGGCAGAUCACCAGCAGCAGGAGCAGCUGGCACAGCAGCAAGGACCCUCGGCGGCGUCCGCCGGCUCGAUGCCCUUGCCUUCGCCGCUGCCUUUGGCUGCUACGUCCAAGUUCCGGCUAGCGCUUGGGAAGCGGAAAGACGCGCCGAGCUGAGCGCGAGCAGAUUGCAGACGACUAUGACAACGAGGGAAGGGGGAGGGGGGAUGCUUUCCGCGGGAUGCGUGCAUGCGAAACGUAUUGUAUCUUGUGCAGAGGACUGUGUAGCUGUGCAAGCGCGAUGGAUGGACUGGGAUGCAACUAGCUCGUCAUUGCCCUGGUCCUGCUGAAGCCCUUCCUUCCCAUACCCAAAAGGAAAGGGGUGUGUGACGCAGUCUGGCACAAAGUAGGGUUCUGCAUGCGGCCUGCGCGAGUCCAGUGUCGAUGCGCCCGACCAGAGGGUGUAUGUGGAGCGCGUGCGUUGGUGUACUCUGCUCUCGUGCCUGCCCCUCUCCCCGCUUUAACACUGGACGCGUGUAGAUUCGACUUUCAGCAGCGGGAAGAGAAUGAGUGGGUGGGUGCAUAUGCAUCGAAUACAAUGUACAAUGGCAC